AAGCAAGCUUAGGAAACGCGAAACAUAGCAACGCGCUCAGUUGUCUCACAUCGCGUUUCAUACACAUACCCCGGUUGACCUGACUUACCGUUACUUCACAUCCAAAACAAAUGCAACUUGCGGUGCGUUAGGGCAACGAGAUACCGGAACGCGUGUUCGAAUGAAGCGAAUUUUUGACAUUUUUGUAAACUUAAGAACAUGAAUUAAAUAAUAAUUUGUGUUAUGACAUAAAAAUCACUUUUCCUUUGGUGAUUGUUGAAAUUCUCUUGGAUAUUUGUUACCAGUGAACAAUAGAAAUUAUUUUCGUGACUAGUGUGGAUAAUUGGUGAUUUUUUUGUGGUGUGAAUUUUUUUGUGUGUCUUUCUAUUUAAUUUGGAUUAUUUUCAUUGGAUUUACUGUGUUUUUAUUGGUUCCUGGGAUGGAAUUAGGAUUAAAACAAAAUCAAGGUUCAUGUUUUGGAAAAGGUUCAAGAUUCACAGGGACAUUUCAAGAUCUCUUCUGAUAAUAUAUUGGGAGGCAUCUAAGAUAGGAUAGACUGGAGACAUUGUGAGUUUUUAAUUGGGCAGGAGGUUAGCAACGUGGAGGGGGCGCAUUCCCUCGGGGGCCACCAGUUGCCCAUGUCGUUGGUGAUGCCAUUUAUUGACAACGACUUACUAUGGAGCUCCGAUCAUGACGGAAAGAUGGUUGAUAUAUCUUCCUGCCUCCAAGAUGCCUCCGUUGCUGUUGGUCAACAAAACGUCGCCACUGGAGCCAAUGGCUUGGGUGAAUUAUCUCAAUCCGAUCUCAACACCCUCGUUGAACCGCCCAUGCAGGAACCUAAUAUAGCUGAUGAAGAUAUAUUUAAGCAUUUGUCAGAUACAACUGCCAUUGAAAUUGAAAGUAUUUUAAGUGAAUUUAGUCAAACGACUUAUAUUAAGCAAGAAGAAAAUAAUAAUUCUCCUAAUGAUGACCCCGACAAUAAUUCUUCUUCCGACCAAAAGAGCGCGCAAGUGCUACUCGAAAUGCGAAAGUAUACAAUCGCGGCCGCGAAUCCGAUUCUCGCCGAGAAACUUUCUACACCAAGCGAACAAAAUUUAACACAACUUGGACCAAGUUCGGGUAGUAGAUCACAGCUGGCGCCACUGAUACCAAAAGUAGAAAAAGUUGAUAAAGAACAAAAUAAUUACAACCAACUUCAUCAACUUCUUUCAAGACAAAGGACAGAUCUACAACAUCCAAGUUUAUGUGAAUAUGGACGACGAAAAUCUGUGUAUCCAACAACCACUGGUUCUCUCCCACCUAGUCCUGCAGAUUCCGGUGUUUCCGAUGUGGACAGUUCCUCCUCAGGUCACACAUCAACCGAUGAACUAAAAGCAAGGUUACAACCAUCAAUACACUCACCGGUAGGCACCCUGUUCCCAAGACACCCCUUUUCGUGGAAUAAUGCACCUCACCACGGACAAAGGCCGCCAAACCACAUGUCCCAGCAAUUCUAUCAACCUUUUCCUACAAAUUUGGAUCCCUACAAUAGCUAUAUUUUACAGCAACACCAGGUUCAACAGAAUCAUCAUAUGCACCAUCACAGUCAAUCACCAUUUACCACACCUUCUCCUCCUUCUCCACCAAUAAGACACUCAAUCCCGACAUCUGUUAUACAGGCAGCUACCAGCAGUAUGUACGACGAUCCUUACAUGUUAGGAUUUUCACCGAGGAAACUCAAAAAAGUAAAGAAACAAAAAAUGGGCGAACCAGGCACCGUCAAGAGGAAAUCAAGGGAAGGAUCAACGACUUAUUUAUGGGAGUUUUUAUUAAAAUUGUUACAAGAUAGGGAAUACUGCCCAAGGUAUAUAAAGUGGACGAAUAGAGAAAAGGGCGUCUUCAAAUUGGUGGAUUCGAAGGCUGUUUCGAGGUUAUGGGGCAUGCACAAAAACAAACCCGAUAUGAACUAUGAAACUAUGGGUAGAGCCCUAAGAUAUUAUUACCAGAGAGGCAUUUUAGCUAAAGUUGAUGGACAGAGAUUAGUCUAUCAAUUUGUAGAGGUACCUAAGGAUAUAGUCGAAAUUGACUGCACAGGAGCUGCGUAAAUUUCAAUUAUUUUUUCUCAAAACAGAGAAAAAAAACUGAACCAGCUGGUAGUGGAAACCGGCUGUGUCUCGAAAAGUACAACAAAUCACAAAUUAUUUAUUUAGAAAUAUUGAGUUUCUAGAUUGUAAAUAUUAGCUAUAACUCAAAAGUGUGGUAACAACGAAUUUUUGCAGUUUGUAGCAUUUCUGAAAGAUCUCAUAGUUGAAGUCAUUUUGUAAAAAUUGUCCAAGACAACCUAAAGUAAAAUACUAUAUGGUAGGACCAUAAUUAUUGCUAUUUAUUCUUCAGAUAGCGCAUAUCUCAAAUGUAAAAAAAAAACAUAAUUUAGUUAACCAUUUUUGAUUGUUUUCAUUACCUGUUGAUUGGAUAAUAAUGCAAACCUAUUUAUGUCCUAUUAUAUAUAAAGAAGUACCAAUAGUGUACAAGUACAGGUCCUCCUCGAAAGAAAUCAUUGGAUUAUGACUACCAUACCUUAUCAAACAUUGACCUCUCAAUUUAUCCCUGCACUUUUGUUUUUGUGAAUCUACUACACAUUUCCUCAAAGAUGUUAUAGAAUGUUGAAAUUGUCUGACGUGGAUUUGCUUCAUCUUCUAAUUAGAGAAUCAUCUUUGGAUCAUUGACGACUGUUGAGUUCCUACCAUUGAGAAACUCAAAAAGUAUAUGCUCUUAUAAUAUUUGGCUGGCCAUUUCACUCCAAAUUUCUCUAAUAUUUAUUUAUUUAGAAGUGAACAAGUCAUAAUGACGUUAAAUGUCUUUGACACGGCUUUGAAGCACCAUAAUGGACUGACAAAUGACAAGCAAACAUCUGGGCAGAAAAGUCGUUACUCAAUGGUUCACCUAAAAUCAUUAUUAGACAAUAUAUGGAAAAAAUAGCUCUGGAAAUAUUCAAUAAAGCCACAGUGUUAUUUCCAGAUCAGUUUAAAGCCUGGAUUUUCCAAUCCGACUGCUGGGAAUGGGAGUAUAUCAUUUUGGUAUAUUUAGAUAGUUUAUUAAGCCGUAAAAAGAUGUCGUUUUAAAUUUCAAAACCACUGAAAAGCGUUGUCGUUGAUUGGAUAAUUGAUAAUGCAAAACUGUUUUUUAAAUUAUUUCACAUUAUAUAAAAGCAUUAGUUUCGAAGAAUAAUCUUGUGGCUUAAUUUUUAUUUUUAAUUAUUUGAUAGUCAUUAAAUCGUUUCAUUUGAAAUAAAAAAACACUGUAAUAUGGAUAUUUUAUCAGUAAUGGCUAAUAAAUAGCAACUAUUUAGUGGUACUACUUAUAAGUAAUGAAAUUUGUGAGCUAAACUCGUUUAAUCUAUAUCCUUAGGUGACCUGAGAUAAUGGGAAAGGUUGUGAUUUGAAAAUAAACACUAUAGUAUGUUGUAAGAUCCUAAAAAAUAUUGUACCCUACCCUCUACACUAUUUCAUACGAUUGCAAUGAAGCAUUUAUACGAACGUUUGAACUAAUAUUGAGAAAAUUUAAUAUAUUUAUGGUCUGAAGAAAAUGCUGUUUCCUUAAACAUCCAGUGUUUCAUAAUAAUCAAGUUCUUUCUUGUUUAUUUCUUCAAAGAUGGACCAAGUGUUCAAAAACUGCAUUUAUAAGUGCUUUUUAAAAAACAGUUGUACAAAAAAAAUUGUUGGUGGGUCAUUAAAGAUUAUUUUAAGCAGGUUGAUCUGUACAUACAAAGUUUAAAAAAAAUAUAAAAUGUAUCACUGUUGUUUACUGUAUGGUAUGGAAUAGUGACAAUUUUGUUAUAUAGGAAGAUUUUUUAUAAAAAAUAUAUACCUAAAAUGUUAAGAAUAUCAAUUAUAAUAGUAAUAAAUGAAACAUAGUUGUGGAUGUGUGAGAUUUGUGAUACGGACGGGUUUCAGGGGGGGAACAGUUUUUUUCCAAAUUUUUGUUGAUAAAAGAGAACAAAUCCGUUUUGCUUACGUAAUCAAUAAUUUUGUUACGACAUGCGGAUCUGUCUCUCGUACAUAUUAUUUAAUUACAAAGGAAGGUGCUUUAAAAUGGAUUAGAAAAGACUGCGAGGUGCCUAGUGAUUGACAGAAAAAAUAAAUUAAUGUCAAUGAAUAGCUCUCUUUUUGUUUUUCUUUGAAGAGCGGAAAAUCUUUUUGGAUUUGAUCUCAGUAUGUACACAAAAAUGAUUUGUAGAAAAAUAUCGAUUUGGAUAGAUAAUAAAAAUGAUUGAAUGUAAUCGUUUUUAUAUUAAAAAAUGAGUUUUUGAUUUAUCAGAACAAAAAAUUUGUAAAUAUGGGAAAAUUAUUUCAUAAUUAAAUUUCAAGUAGUUUCAAUUAUACAAAAAAAAAACAGUAAGUUUAUAAGUGUACAUUCUGUAUAGUAUUUAUUUAAUAACUUCGAAAUAUCACAUUUAAUUUUUUUGUAAAUUUUUUUGUAACUUUCUGUGAUUUUUGUAAUUUUAGUUGUUUUCUAAAUUUAUUGUUGAACAUAUGUACCUAAUUGAUAUGUGUCUUGAAAUAUUAUACAGCUCAGUGCAAAUCAGGACAAGUUAUAUAACAAAUACUUUAACAAAUGUAGAAAUUAGAUAAAAAAAUUGAAACCUAUCCCAGGAUUUUUCUCAGCGAAAAUUUGUACUAUAUUAUAAGAUUGUAGAAGAAAAAAAACAGUUGUAUGUGUAAUUGUAUAAAUUUAUGCACAAAAAACCUGACAAUCUGGCAAAUAAUUACAAAUAUAUUUUAAACACAAAAAUGAGAGAAUAUAAAUAAUGGUUGUGUGAAAAUACAUACUAAAAUCAUCUUUUCCAUGCUUGGUAAUAUCGUUAUUUUUUAUUUAAAUGCAGGUUUUUGUUAAUUAAAUUACUUUUUUUAAAUAAUAGAAGUCAAAUUAUAGCUUCAUUUACUUGCUAACUUUUUCUUCUUUAACCGGCGCUACUAUCUUUUGAGAACCAGAGUCUUAACAAUCGAUUGCCAAUUCUUUCUGUCCUGAGCCUCCAACGUCGCUGGAUUGGGUCUAGCCUCAAUGUCCUCCAACCAGCGAAGGGGUGGUCUCCAUACAUGGCUCUGCGCGGGUAUCGAUCAGAAGGCAUCUGUGCUCCCUGUGUUCCAGCCACCCCAAACGCGCUCCAGUAUGAACGCCACUAAAUCUGACUCGCCAUACAUCUGUCACAGCUCAGCAUUCUUCUGGAUCCUCCAUUUGCUAACUUGUAUUAUUAUAUCGUGAACAAGUUCCAGUUGAAUUUGUCUCUUGCAUCAAUUUUAAAAUCUUAUUAUAUAUGCUUGUUUAGGAAACUUGAGUACAGUUUAUAGUGUAAUUGAAAUAAGCAUAUGACAAAGAUGUACCACAUUUUGGAAAAACAUGUUUGAUACGUCAAAACUUUGGUGAUUAAAGAUUCUGUAUAAAACAAUAUAUUAUGUUUAAAAUUUCCAAACCACAAAUGGAAAGAUAUCAUAUCAAUACUUACCCCAGUAUUUAUGUAUGUAAAUUGAAUUAUUGAAAAUAUACUUUUUGGCAGUUUUUUUUAUGUAGCUGAUUUUACAGUAUAAUUUGACCCACCGUUAAUUUUGUGAAUAACAGAGAUAGAAUGAUUUCAUUAAAAGUGGCAUAGUCAACAAAAUUUCCAAAAUUAUUUCCAACAUGGAAUAUAUAUUAUACUGUGUCGACAAUGUAUUAACUAGCUCUCAAAUAUCCUUAAUCUUGAGGUCAUUAUUCUUUGAAAAAUGUAUUCAUAACUGACUUUCAUUCUACUGUAUACAAGCUGAUUGUAAAUAAUUUGUUGCUCUUGUUGAAGUUUUGCAUCUUUUUUUGACUGGUAUAUAAACACAUUGAAUUGGCAAAUAUUUUUCUAAAAACAUUGAAUAUAAAUAUUUUCAUUUUUUCUUUAAGAAUUCAAUUUAUCACGAGUCAUUUCUCUAAAUUGAAAAAAAAACUAAAUAACAACAUAAAAAGUGUAAUUUUAUUUACGAAAAUUGAUUUUAUUCAUGUAAAUUCAUAAGUUUGGAAUUAUUCUUUACUUUACUGCGUAAAAUGUAAAAAAUAGACCGCAAGAAGAAGACUCGUUUGUAUGUUUCAAGGGUUCCUAAGUGCCCGCAUUAAGUGUAUGUACAUUUAUUAGAGAAUGUUAUUAUACACUCUACAUAACAUGUCAUAAUUGUGUCGACUUGCUUUAAUUGUAACAUUAUCUCGUAGCUUUGAGCAACAAAAAUAACUCAAUCUUUUGUAAUAACCGUUUAUACACCUGAAAAGUUCUUAUUUUUUAGGUAGCAUCGUAGUUAUGCAUAUUUUCUUUAAAAAUAAUUGAAACUAUUUAAAAAAAAAAUUUAAGUUCCAAAUUAAAAGUGUUGGCGUUUAUCGGGAACUGCGAAAAAACUACUUCUUUUAUGUGUCAUACAUCAUUUUAUUUUGUAUUCCGAUUGUGAGUGAAAAUUGAAGUUUCAUUUUCUACAUUCAAAAACUUUAACGUAAUUUUAAAACAUUUCAUAAUUAAUUUAACUUCAAAAGAAUGAACUUUCAACAUUAAAUUUAGAUUAAAGUAUUUGUUGACUGUAAGAUCGUCCAUCACUUGCCUGUUCUUACUGUUUUGAUAGAGAUAUUGGAUGAAUUAUACACAUAUUAUACAAUACUAAACGGACUAAACAAAUGAACAUAUGAACUGAGGACUGUUGCUCAUGGUGCAAUCACAUAAAAUUCGACAGAAAAAUUUCGUGUAUAUUCGUGUAAAAACGUUAUAAUGAAAAUACUCUUGUGCUAUUUGAGGAUUUGUUUAAGAAAAUCGUGUCACAAGUCCAAAAACUAUCGUUUGAAAUUAAUUUUAUCUUUAUUCUCAACUUUGCGGAUAGUAACUCAGAGCUUGACAAGUUACCGCAAAAGUAACUAUUUACCUGACGUUAUUUGAGAUAAAAUUUUCAAGUUUUCUAGCACCAAUAAUAAAAAAGGCUUCUUUCUAAUUUUUUUAUUUAUUUCAUUUCUUCUGUUUUAAUUGACACAACUGAUUUCUCAUUACUAUUUGAUGUAAUUUUUAUUGUGUAUUUUUGGAUAUGCCCUAUUUAAAAAUAUUUUUCUACACAAUAAACCACUUACCUAUACAAAUAAUGUUAUGAAAUAGAAAUAUCUAAUAGUUUGCCAGAUAGAGGGUACAAAAUUUGUUGACUUUAUCGUCCAGAUACCAUGUGAUAUGUUUGCAUGAUUGUUAAUUGUCAACACGUUUAGCCAAUAUAUAUAUUAUAUACACGUUAUACAUUUAAAUGUUCUUAAUUUUUUGUUUGUUACCUAUUUAAACAAUUCAAUACUAUAUGUGCAAAAUCCUGUGUAUUACUCAUACUUGAACGUCAUCAAAAAUAAUACUAGGGAUGGAAUUAUACUUAUUUGUAAAAUACAAUAAUCUAAAAAAAGGUUUUUUUAAUAAACCUUAUCGAUAUAAAAUUGGAGACGCUCAUGUAUUAUUUAUCUGAUCUGCAGGUAAUACAUCACUAACAAAUAUUUAUAUACAUAUAAAUCUUAUUUUUACAAUAACUGAAAAACUAUGUAAUUUUUUGGUGAUAUUGCAAUAGAAAUGUUACAGUUUUUGUAUAUAUAGAUAAUUUUUAUUCUAUAACAGAAAGAAAUUUACCUACCUUUAGAUAAUAAGGAUUUUAUUGAUUUUAAAAUAGAAUAUUGUAUAGUUUUUAUUUAGUUUAAGACAAGGUACUUCUUUAUAUAUAUAGUUUAUUGUAAUAUUUUCUCUUCGCAAAAAUAUAAUAUGAUAAAAA